AACGUGCCACCUCGUAGCGGUCAUCGGGCGUCGCGACGCGAAUCGAUACGCGCGCAGGCGGCGUCGGUGCGUGGCGGCACAACCGUGUUGUUUCUCCUCGUAUGCGGUACGCGUCGUGAAAAAUGUCACCGAGGCGAUCGCUUCUCACAGGCUACCGCUGCCGCUGUUGCUGCCGGCGAACGUGCACGGUGUCCUCGCGGUGUCCGUGGCGGCGAGUGAUCGCAAUAUAGGGUCGUCGCGAGAUUAAAAAACAUUACGGCGCGACGUCUCGUCGAAAAGCCUCUCGUCUCGCAUUCGGUGGAGCGCGUCGCGACCGGUCACCGCGUUCUCCACGGUUCCACCGCCACCGCAUCGAUCCCCGACGACCCGGAAGUACACGGCGCGUGAACGAGACGCGACGCGGCACAGUCUUUUGGUCCGGGUCGCGUGAACAACGCGGAUAAAUCGCGGGGAUAAAUGCGAGCCCGCAGUGCGUGGUGUGUGUAUGUGUGUACGUAGGUGCGUAUGUGUGGAUGACACGGUGAUUCGCAUCGCGCAGGAUUUAACUCAAGAUUACGCGAACGACCGGUGACGGCCGCGCUGGUUGUCGUAGGUCUCGACUGUUGUGGCACCGCCGAAAGCGAGUUUAUCAAGAUACAUCAAGAUAUAAUUCCGUCAAAGAGACGACGAAAUAAUCUCUCUCUUUCUCUUUGUCUCUCCGAAGAAUCGCUCGAGGUAUUCGUCGAUGCGCGUCCUCUCUCUAUGUUAUGUAAAUAUCAAGAGGGAUCAAGUGCCGACUGCGCGGAGACUGUGCCGAUACGCGAAGUCGCGUCAGUACGAAGUUCGCCACUCGACGUGGCGGAAAUCUCUCUUGAGUCGCGCGUUGCAAAAUUAUUCCGCGUAAUCACUAUGCAAAAUUAUGCGUAGUUCGCGUGUUCGAUUGGCCGUGCUUGUCCUAUCGGCGGCGUGCGAGGAGGCCGCGACGAGCGAAUUUGACGAGCUAUCGACAUCGGCUGUCAACGAGGAGACGCGCUGCGUCGCGGCUGGUGCUGAAUAAAACAGUGGACUUGGCUCGUCAUUUCGGAACACUCUGGAAGUUAUUGUCGAUCAUCUCCUCACGUUUUACGUCGACAGUGAUGUUCUCGAUCGAUAGUCCGGCCGUGAUCCAUGAGCCUCGCUGACGACAAUAAUCACGAGCGGAGUCAAUCGUCAAAGGCCGAUGGCCGUAAUUUUUCUCCGACGUUGAACAACUUGCGGAACAAAGACAGAGCCAUUAUCAUCGGGCAGGUGCAGUAUUUCACGGCGACAUCCUAUCAACCAGGGUCUACGAAGAGAUUGCCGAAUAUAAUUAUCGCGCAACAUGUGAAGGACGUAUUAAUGGUUUCUGGCAGUAAUGCCCUCAUCGGAGGAGGAAAGCCAGUGGCUUGUUGGCAGUGGUGGCGGCGGCCUCGCACCCUCCGGCGGCAACACGACGAAAACAGGCGGCGGAGAACGCAUCUUGAACACUAGGACCGGUCUCUACACCGAGGAGAUGACGACGCAACCGGCGAGCGUCACCACGGCCGGCGUGAACUCGGCGUCGGCCGACUCCGCGGAGCACGAUCUCAUCGAUUCUACCGCGGACGCUACUCUCCUGGCGCAAUUCCACGAGGAUGCCAUUAAGCAGGCUGGUGUCGGUUACUUCCAGAUAUUCGCUGCUUUCUGCACAGGCUUGAGUCUUGCUGCAGAUACCGUUGAGUUUUUCGUUGUUCCUUACAUAUUGCCAAGUGCAGAGGUCGAGUUGUGCAUCGAAGACAGUGAGAAAGGAUGGCUUGGCAAUAUUACUCUUGUUGGUCUUGCAUUGGGUGGACUAUUCUGGGGUGGUCUUGGAGAUAGACUAGGGAGACGCAGAUCUCUCUUAUCGGCUAUGUCUGUGCAUGCUCUAUUCAGUGGUGUCGCUACAUUUAUGCCUACUUAUGGCACUUUUAUGACAGCUAGAUUUUGCUCAGCUAUUGGAGUUGGAGGAAGUGUACCGUUGGCAUUUGCCUAUCUCGCAGAGUGCUGUCCACGGUUAAGCAGAGGCCGUUGGACAGGAAUACUCGUGACAGCUGGAGCCCUUGGAGGUGUCUAUGCUGCUCUCUUGGCAUGGGCAGUUGUACCUACCACAGGAGAAAUGGUUGUCCUUGAAAAUAAGGAACACUUCAGCGCCUGGCACCGUUUCCUGUUACUGUGUAGUCUGCCGGCGUUGUGUUCCACAAUCGGUCUCAUCUUCCUGCCGGAAAGUCCAAGGUAUCUCGUAGAGGCCGGUAGAGACGUGGAAGCGAUGAUGGUUUAUCAGAGGAUAUAUAAGAAAAAUAACGCACGGAAAGGUGCAACAGGUGCUCAAUAUCAGCUCUCUGAACUGGAACUACCGACUAAAAGACCUCGUGGCUUAGCGCCACCUUCCCCGAGCAAUCAUACCAGUGUUCUGGCCGAUAUAAUAUAUUCGAUCGAAAUGUUCUGGAAUUCUUUUCUGGAGUUGUUUGCGACGCCUCACUUGCGCGUGACUCUAAUCCUGUUGACUAUUUGGUCGGCCGCUUCGUUUAGCCUUUACGGUCUGAUGAUAUGGUGCCCUGAAUAUCUGAAGCUCUUGCGAGCGAUUGAAUACGAAGCACACACGCAACAUAUUCACAGAAUGGAUUUUAAUGGCACGACAUUCAGUGGCUCUUGGGAAAAUCGCCAGUACAAAGACUCGACAUUUUUUAACUGCAAGUUCACUAAAAUGGUAUUCAGCCAUGUAGACUUUGAUAAUUGUACUUUCCAGUCAGUAGAAUUCAGUAACAUUAAAUCUAGCAAAACUCAUUUUAGAGACAGUGUUAUUGUAUAUUCCAAGUUUGUUGACACGGAUUUAUCUGCGCAAGUUUUCACCAGGUGUAAAUUGGAGAACAACACGGAACUGAGUUUAAGCGGGUCAUGUCCGACUCUCGAUCUGGACUACAACAUUUAUAUCGAAGAAGCGUUGCAUGCUCACCUCGUUGCUCAACUGGCUUUCGUGCCUGCCGCCGCACUGGCGGGCCUGGCACUUACGAUUCUUCAGCGGCCAAAAUUGAUCGGUUUCUCGCUGUUUUUCUCUUCUGUUGUUGCACUGUGUCUGAUAUUAAUACGCAAAAAUAGUUCAGCGGUUCUUGGCUUCGAGGGUGGCUUCAUAGCAGUUUUCGCGGUUGGUUGGACAUCGUUAACUUUGGCGACAGUCGAGAGCUUCCCCACGCACUUGAGGUGUACCGGUUUUGGACUUAUAGCAGCAGCAAUAAGAAUAUCAGGACUGAUAGGAACUACGAUAUAUCAGGCAUUCGUGACUGCACCGUUAAUCGCGCCUGCACUGUUAACCGCGCUGACAUUAUUGAUCGCCAGUGUUGCGACUCUUAAAUUGCCUCAUACUCAUACUGUCUUCUUAUAAGCUUUUCGUUGGCCGAGAAGAACAGCAGCGACGUUUAUCUGAAUUCAACAUGUUGUUGCGUAUGAGGCAACGAACGAGAGAAUUCGUUCUGUGAAUUUGAAAGUCGGAUUUUCAAAAGAAAGUCCCGAGUGCGUCAGAGAGACGGAGCAGAGGAAGGAGGAAGCUAGUUUCCUAUAUUCUUAGGAUUUACUUGGGGAAUAAUGUUCAAGAGACGCAUGUCAAUAAUUUAUCGAUCAAAAAAGGAAAAGAAUUUUUUAGAAAACGAGACUUUGUACAAAGUGACAUAUCCUAAGUAAUAUCGAAGAUAAGGCACUGUUGUCUCUGAAGACACUUGCAUACUUGAAGCGCACAGAACGUUUCUAGUAACUUUAACUUGUUGAUACAACAAAGUUCCCGAAGUUGGAUUAAAGUGCUCUCAUAUUCUAUCGCUUACGUGAGUUCACUAACAAACGCGAACGAACGAAAAAAAGAAAGAAAUAAAGUAAGAGAUUCCAAGAUCGGACGAUAAAGUGGUCGAAGUGAUUUCUAUACGCAAGAUAUUCUCUGAAAUUAUAUGAUUACUCCGCUGUUUUAUCUUUGAUGAUAUAAAGCGUUACACAAGUAUCAAGCAAAGGAUAUGCAAGAUAUAUACACACACCACAUACACAUAUACACAUGCAACUAUUUUAAUAAGGCGUAUGCCGCAAAACGUGUCAAUUUUAAUGGAUAGAGAAUGCGCAGUCAUCCGUAAUGAUACGUCGUAUAUAAUAAGAGAUGUAAAUUAGAGAAUUUUCUGGUAUAUUAUCGGCAGUGCAAUUUGAUAUCUCAAUUAUUCGAGAGAUACACGAAGAUCAUAGAAGCUCAUACAUAGCUGUUCUUACUUUCAAUCGAUAGGCUAACCGUGCAUGAUGUGAAACUUCGACAUCACUCCGUCAUAGCUGACGGAUGGAUACACUUAUUCGCUCGGACGCAACCACAUAAAGCGCUACACAAAGAUCCACAACGUAUCGGACAUGCGGGGUGUAUGUGCGAUCGUUUUGUAUGUUCUCGCGAGGAACAUCUACUGGAAGAGAAACGAAGAUGCGAGAUUCGCUUCACGCGCGGAGAACAUUCCUAUGAACGGGGAGUGAUCAAGCAAUUGUAUAUUCAGUACUUCCGCUUUUUACCAAUUUAUUAGCAUGCAUUAGAUCCAUUAAUUAGACGCUAGAUUUCCGCUGAUUCAAUGACUGAGAGAAAGAGAGAGAGAGAGAAAGAAAGGCAUUAUUCACACAAUAUAAACGCUGCCGUAUGAAACCUCAAUUCAUAUAGAUGAAGACUUUCGGACGGGAAAGAGAUAAAUGAUGCAGCUUUAUAGCGUAAAUCCAAGAGAUUAUCGCCUCUAGUCAACGUUAAUCGUCUCUAAGCUUACGGUACGUUCAAUUGUGAACAUGUAUCUGACUCUCCAGUGACACGUAUAUAAGCGAAUAACGUAGAACGUUAUUUUCUACAAGACACAAAACCAGAAUUAUACAGGUCUUCACGUAUUUACACACACACACACACACACACACACAAUACAGACACGAUAUAAUAUCUCUAUAGUCCACUUUUGGGGAAACUUUGCUAAAGUUUUACUGUCGCUGACACAAUAAGCAACGGAUGAGUGGCGAAGUAAUGUGAACAUAAGGAGUUCCUUGAGAAGGAGAGAGAGAGAGAGAGAGAGAGGAGAAAGGAGGCAACCUAUUUUCUAGGCAAUAAGGACGUAAAUAAGAAGUUAGCGGCGUUGUUCUGUAUACAGGAACUCGAGGAUACGCUUCGCCGAGUCUUCGCGAAGAAUUUAUCAGACAGGGAGGAGCUGCUGUCGGCAGACUUAAAUAGUAUAAAUGUUUACGUCCCAUCACGGUUAGUGAGUUUUUUCAUAUCAGAUUGUUGGCGAUCGAUCUAUAUCUAUACGGGAGAAAGAGAGAUUAUAAUAUUCGGGCUGAGGUUUACGGACGUCGUCGUUUGAGAGAGAAGUAGAAACGAUGGAAGAUCGUUCAAUUGGCCGAUCAACGCGAACGCCAUUAUUACAUUCCAGCGAUUAUCCUGGGGAUGAUUUCAUAUUGUUUUCCCGUGAGUAAAAAUUUCAAAAAGAAAGUAUAAACGAUUCGUUUCUGCUUUUAGGAAAAGAAGGUCGCACACUCGUCGUAAACCAUAUUUGGUCGUGUCGGUGCCGCUGUUGCGAUUCACCAUUGCUUUAUCGAGACACACAUUGAUGUCAAUUGGGACUUGAUGAUAAAAAGUGAGCAUGUACGUGAAAACUCAACGUUGGGGACCAUGCGAUGCUCUUAUCAGUUCUGCUUCUUUUUCAUACAUUGGAAGUCGGUAGAUGAAAAGAAAACGUUGCGAUUCGCAGUGAUCAGACAUCGGCGCCGACACAUAUCACGUAUAUACACACACACACACAACAUAUGCGAACACAUGCGCGCGCGCAGCCUCACGUAUAAUUAAUUCUACUCUACAACAUUCAGAUUUAUCAUCACCUCCGUAGAUAUAUUACAUUUUACUCGACAUAUCAUAUUUAUGAGUCAGCACUCUAGAUUCGUAGGCCUUAGUCGGACUAUUGACUAGGACACGUAGGGAAAUACGAUAAAGGCGAUCGUGCGGGAUGACUCUCUCGAGACUAAAGUAAAGCACUGAUCGAGCAGAGUGAGUCUGUCAUGUCGCACUAUUUCCCGAACUUAUGUUUCUUUAGCGAGUUACGUUAGUCGUAUAGCGUGUACAUUAUUGUUUUGCGCACAGCGCGAUUAUCAACUGAUUGACAGCGACGUCGCGAUAAAACACCGAGAUUGUCAAAUUAUUAUAUGCCGUUUCUGCGCCACGGAAUGUGUCGCAUUACAUAUCACGUCAUAUCGUUAUCCAGUAUGGACGAACGAUCAGUUGAUAGUCGUCGUGUCACACAGAGAGACUGCUUCUUAUUGUUAAAACUGAAAACUGUUUAGUUAGUUAAGUUAAGGUCUCGUUUUUUUCACGUACGUAUAAUCAACGGUCAUCGACACGGGAGAUUUUGGGAAGUGUUUCAAUUUUCCUCUGUAAUUUAUAUCCGCACAGAAAAAAAAUAACUCCGUUAGUAUGACUGAGUUUUCUGUUACUUGGGGGCCAGGUGAAAAACUCGGUUGUAGGAACAAGAUCUCUGUGGGAGGUUUCUGCUCAGCCAAUUAUUCUCACCUGACGCAAUUACGGUCACCUGAACCAAGACGCAGUAACAGAGAUAUGAUUUCUUCAUCCGCGAAUUUUUUUACCUGAUCCCCAUUCAGCUAUGCGAACUGAAAUCUUCUUUUCCGCGUGCACUCGAUAUAGUUUUCAAUCGUCUUAUUAAUACACGGGAAUCGAUUUUCAAGCGUGACUUUUAGUCAAGUCAUAACGCAGGAGGAGAAAGAGGAGCGUACGUAUAUAAUGGGACACGCGUGUGAUGGUUUUUCUUUUCUAAUAGCAUUACUACGAAAUUCAUAUCAUUAUUUUUAGCGAAUUGAGAUGUAAAAUUAAUCAGCAGCAAUACUAUCAUACGCCAAUGAGGUACUAUCAGUCGAAUAGAGGCAUAUCGAAAUCGUGCUCGAAUCCUAAUAAAAAUCCUAAUAAGAAGAGAUAUCUUAAAUAUCAAUGUGUUAUCGUUACUUCAUAUCGUUACUGAUGCACAACGUGUAUCAAUAUCUGUACCUUGCGUAUUAUAUAGGCAGUAGGAAUAUGAAUUCCGUGCUUUUGCUCUCGAGUUUUCCCGUCUGAUCGGUUGUGUAAUCACAUAACAGUCCAUUACGAUUGGGUUUCACGAGUACUGCACAAGACGCUGCGUCACAAAGACGGGGACGGAUGUCUUAUUUAACAUGUUCGCCACCACCGUCGCGCAUAAGAUCUCUCACUUCAUGUUCAUCUCUGCGAAAAACUAGAGAUUCCACUCAACUCGUUAUACAUGUGUAUGAUAACGGUAUUUUUCUUUCUCCGCACAUAAACAAAGUCUGUUUUGUAAAAUUACAUGGAAACACACAGAAAUAAUAUGGUCUGUGGAAAGAAUUAUCCAAAUCAGCCGUGGAAGCGGACGUGUUAAAAUGAUCGGCGAUAUACGUUCGAGAAGGUGUAACAUGCGUUUUAUUCGCGCAAUCAACCGGUACGGUAAUAGUGUGACGCCAAGUACAUAAAUGAGGAUUUACUGUUGAUUUGCUCGAGUAAAAUAGCAGCGCUUCAAGCCGAAAUUGUAAAGAAUUAAAUUAAAUGUUAAGAAUUCUUGUUUUUCGCAACAAAAUCCGUCACGGAUUUCACGACGACGGGCAAUUUUGUUUCGAAGCAUCCGGAUAGAGAAGGAGAGAGAAAGAGAGAGAGAGGCUGUCGUUUGUUUAGAAUAUACUUUCGCGGAAAUCUUAAAUCGCGCGCUUGCGUGAAAACGCGCGCAGAAAUGCAAAAAAAAAACAAUUACUAUGCGUAUUAGAGCGAUUAAUUUAUUUAUAUCAUUGCGACUGGAUAAACUCUGUCUUUAGCGCGAGCUGCAUGUGUAAUCAUCGCUCUGUGAACUCGAUUAUCUUUCGAUCGUUCAGUUUGUUGACUCGUUUGUACAUAGACCUUAGCGAUAGCUGGUGAUUUCAUUCCGAUCGGGAUAAUUAACGCAGUCACGUGGUGCUGAUGAUGUGUUGUCACAUGUUUUGCUCACAUAGCGCAUCCCGCUGUAUUAUAGACGAAAGCAAGCCUACAAACGCUCGCUCCUCGCGAUUCUUUCGUCGGCAUGGAGGAUAAUGCAUGUCCGAUCGAUUUUCACGGGAUUCCCCCGUCUCGUCUCCCCGAGAAUAUCCCCACGUGACUGCGUGAACGGGACGUGUAAUUUACGAACGGAUUGGGACGUGCGCGAUCGCACGAACGAAUAAUACGCAGCGACACGCGAUAUUUUGUAUGCUUGCAACUUGUACUUUCGAGCUGUGUACGUUUUUAUGCUCUUAGACCGCGAGUCCGUGAAUGUGUCGUAGCAAUAAUUUGAUAAAAAAAAACUGCUCUUUGAAAAUUGUUUAUUGUAUAGAAAUACGUGGAUCGAUGCGUGAAGCAUCUCGAAAAAUUCGUGGUUUGCCAGAAGAGAGAUGCUGUGUAAUAUCGUAUAUUUAUGAAUACUUUCGAUUCUCCCGACUGCGAAGAAGCAUAGAGGUGGCGAACGGUUUCGGGGCUCCGUUUAUAUUUUGAUCUCGAGAUACAAUUUUCUUCUCUAUAGCGAAAGUUGCGACGUGUGGCGAGAUUUAAAAAUAAUUUGCAAACUGUACGAAUGACAUAAAUGAGAAGUUUAUUGAGUCUA